GGUCAUAAGCAAGGACCAAGUGCAUAUCUAAGGUGGGAGGACGACAUGGAGCAAUGGUUUAUAGCUUGGAGAAUUCCAGAGAAGCUAAAGCUAACUUAUGCGAAGGAUACCUUAACCGGAGAGGCAUACAAUUGGUGGAGUCAGCUAGAUGCUGAUAGGAUCUAUUUCAAUGAUCCGGCUUUUACUUGGAAAGAGGUUAAGAUGCUCAUGUAUAGUGAGUUUGUGAAGAAGGCAAAAUACAUUCAGAAGGUGUCCACAAGGAGAUUAAUAAAGCACCAAGUCUUGCAACCCACAGUUCAGAGAGAAGUUGUUUCCCAAAGACAAAGUUCAAGGCCAGUGCAUCCACCUCAAGUCAAACGAAACCAAGGUGAGCACUCUAACUCUUUAAAACCAUCUGAGGUUAUUUGUUAUAGGUGUCAAGGCAAGGGCCAUCUAGCAAAGGAGUGUCCCACAAAACGAGUUGUGAAGUCAGUAGUAUCUGAAGCAAAAGAAACAAACUUGGAGGUAAGUGAUUCCGAUACUAGAAUUGAUGAUUCCUUUUCUAGAAUGGAUAAACAUAUUGAUGAUCUUAUCAACUUGAUUAAAGCUAGAUCUACUUCUGUUUCUAGUAAUUCCAUGACUGUCUUAACACACUUGUCUAGCGCCCAAAAGGUUGAAAGUAUUUCAGGUACUAACAUAGAAAUCAAGGAACAAGAGCCAACCUUGCUGCGCAAUCAAGUCCAACACUUGAUAAGGUGAUUUCUGAACUUAAAGUGAAUAAUAUUACUUAUCAAAACACUGGUAUGAUGCACUUGCACUCUGUCCAGAAUGUUGAUGAAGGUCUAGGUAAUGAGGAGACACGUACAGAAGCUAAACAACAAGAGAAUAAUGAGCAAUCUACCCUAGAGACCUCUACACCAGCUGAUCAUGCUUUAGAGGUAGUAAAUACCAAAGCUGAAUCAAUGCAAGAUAACCAGGUAAGUACAAUGGAGAAGCAUCCAGAACCAAACUCACAACCUUACACCCAAGCAGUGGUCAAUGGAGAAACCAAUUGUGAAAUAGGAGAUUUCGAAAAGGAGACCACGAUCCUUCCAAGGGAAAUCAUAGACCGACCAUGGAAAGGGGGCAUAGCUUCCCUACUGAUCAAAGAAGAACCACCAGAUGGACAAUGCAUCACAAAACCGUGCAUAUACCAAGGUAAGACCCUAGCCUCCCAAAUUAGAAUGAAACCUAACUUGCUCUAUCUUGGUGCAGGUAAAUUGGUUUUGAGGACAAAACCUUUUGAAGAGGGAGGGAAUGAUGAGGACCUAAAGUCAGUAGCUGGACCACCAACUCAUGAGAUCAACCAUACAAGCUACAUUGGAGCCAGCAGCGACAUAGGUGCACUCAAAGAAGGAUAUCUUUGCAACCAUAAGGAAUUUAACCGUGAAACCAGUUUCUAUAGAUUCUCAACUCAACCAGAGCACGCAGCGAAUUGGUUUCAUACCAAAAAGAGUAAUGGUUUAGGAGAUAUGCCAGUUACAAGUCAGACUAUCUACACUGCAUCCGAAUUGGUUCUAAUUAAGGAAAGUAAUUCUUUGCUUAAGGAGUGUGCAACUCAAACUCACGUGUGGAAACCAGGAGAUUAUUCAUUACAUCUAAGAGCAGUGGGAGAGUUUCUACCAUGCACCAGCAGCCACAUGAUCAAGAUGAAUCCCUUAUUUGUCAACUUACCUUACAUGGAUGCAUUCACACUUGGAGUUAUUAAAGACCAACGGCUCUUUCCCCUUCUGUUCAGGCACGACUUAGAGACUAUCCAGACAUCAAAGGAGAUCCCACGGAUGCAUUUAUUUCUGCCCAAACUCACAAGAUACAAGGAGAGAAGACAACUUCCAUACAUGGACAGAUUCUGCACCAACUAAGUCCAACGGCUAGUUUUUCACUUAUUAUUUCUUUCCAAGUUAUUCUUUUAGGCAUUUGUGUUCUUUUCUAUUUAAACAGAGCUAAGUCUCAUUUGUAAAUCACCCUUGCACGAAAUUAAUAAAGUAUUAUUCAGUUUACAAAGUUUGUCUUUGUUUUGUUCAAUUAGUCUUUAGGUGGAUUCCUUUAGAUUUCUUGUCCGUUUGCUUGUCUCCUUAGUUUGUGGAUUCAUUCUAGGAUACAAGUGUAGGUCUCUGUCUUUGUGUGGAUUCACAUAGGCGCAGGCUUCUGGUCUUAUCAAAGGGAUAUUUCCGCAACCCUUUGUGGCGACAAUCGACCCAUUCAAGCUUGACAACUCUUGUUGCCUUGUGAUCUAGCCUUUGUUAGCUUAGGCUUGUAUCAUAUUCCCAAACAGGAAAACUAGGAUCACCUGAUUUGAAAGUGGGAUAGCUUCUUCAUCCUAACUCCAAUGAGAUUUAUUCAACUUCCUAGUGAUUCUCUAUUACUUUAUGUAUCAAAAUCAAGCUUCUUACAUCGCGAUUCAU